CCCUUUUAUUCUAUUCUGCCGCCAUUUUCUUUCUUUCCCUUCUAUUAUUCCCCCUUCUAUUAUUCCUCAAUCUAUCCAUCGAACCUCUUCCUAUCCCUCCUCACCGAAGAUUAGAUAUCCUAGAUACAGAUAGAUAGUAGAAGUGAGAGAUAGGAGAGAGAGGUGGGACAAAGUAUGCAGCAGCCUACGCAUCCGAUGGCUUCCAUGCCUCCAAUGGCCACCCAGAACAUCACCACCGAACAGAUUCAGAAGUACUUGGAUGAAAACAAGCAGCUGAUCUUGGCAAUCUUGGAUAAUCAAAAUCUGGGGAAGCUUACAGAAUGUGCUCAGUACCAAGCCCAGCUUCAAAAGAAUCUGCUGUAUCUGGCUGCAAUUGCAGAUGCCCAACCACAGGCACCUGCAGCUCGUCCACAGACGAUGCCACAUGGUGCAAUGCCGCAGGGGGCCCAUUACAUGCAGCAGGGGCCCAUGUUUCCUCCCAGGGCUCCUUUGCAAUUCAAUCCCCAGCAAAUGCAGGAACAGCAGCAACAACAGCAGCUUCACCACCAACCACAAGUGCUGCCUUUUCCAGGCCAUAUGGGCAUGAGACCUGGGGCCAUCAAUGGCAUGCAUGCCAUGCAUGCUGACCCAUCUCAUGGAGGCAGUGCUGACCUCCGGCCAGCUCCGAACUUGGCUGAGUUCCCACAUGGCAGCAGCACUCCUACUGGCUCCAUAGAUGGGCGAGGAAGCAAGCAAGAUGCAGGUGGUGCAGUGUCUGAACCCGCCACUGGUGCUGAUGACCAUAGGAACUCAGGGAGAGAGAGAAGCAGGGAUGGUGAACCAAACAUAUCUGAGAAGGCCUGAAGAUGUUAAAGAUACCAUGAGCUUGGAGCUCUGGAAUGAUAACUUUGACAAACACCGCAUAUAUAACUAAAUGACCAAUGUUAUGGCAAUCUUUUCUGCCUCUUCUGAUAAAUCGUCAUACCUCCAUGCAUGACUAGUGUUACUGGUUUUGAACCUUCAGUAGUCCAUGAUGAUCCUUUUGAGUUUCCUUCAUAUGCACUUGAAUGUUGUCAUGAUGAAUACCUGUGAUUAUAUACAUCUCUACUUUUGUU